GUUGUUGUGUAGUGGCUAUCAAAAACUUGUUUAUUCAUUUAAAUACAUUUGUCUAAGAUAAAAAACCAAUAAACGAUAAAGUAAUUUGUUAUAUUUGUUAUUUCCUGUCAUAAGUGUAAGAUGAAGAACCUAGUAUGAAUAGUUUUAACAUUAAUUCUGCUGUUAAUUGUAUCAAAACAUUAGUCGACGGUUGUCGAUGUGUCAAUUGGUAGCGAUCAACUUAAUAAAACACGCCUCAGAUAUAAUUGUGGCCAUUCGAUAUGUGAAAAAUGUUUAGCAAUUAACACUACAUGCAUGCUGUGUUCUCCUUCAUCAAAUUCUUCAACCAUUCUGGACAUACCACAGACAGAGAGAGUUAAACAUGCCUCAGAAUUAUUGAACACAUUUCAAGACCUAUUUAAUGUGGAUGUUUACAGGCAACACCGUAUUUCAGAACAACUGAAGGUUGAAAAAGAAUUAUUUCCGGAAUGCAUUCAAGCCCCUAUGAAAUAUUUUAAUAAGAGGAAAAGUUCAAUUUUUACAGAAAAAGAGAAUUUAAGACCUUCUCUUCUACCUGGUGAAAACAUUUCAAGGUCUGAUAAAACAAAAAUGGAGAAAUCUAUAAAUUAUGUCCAAGAAUGGUUAAAUCAAAAUGAAACAAGCUCAAAAACAAAAAGAGCUUCACGAAAGCCUUUUGCUGAUUUAAAUGUCAAUACUGGAAGUAACAUAAAUGUCACAAAAACAAAAAGAACUUUAAAUAACAGUAUAUUGAGCGACAACUUCAACAAGAGGCCUAAAAAAAUUAAAAAAGAAAAAAGUAUCAAUAUCACAAAAGUUAAUAAAAAAUCAUUAUGUGAAAAUUAUGAAAGUGGAAUAGGAUUGGAUGAUGAAGUUUUUGUAAUUGAUGAUUCUCAGAGUGACAUAGUUGAUAAGGAUGAAUUAGCCUUGAUGGCUGUAAUGCAAGCAGACCAAGACGACAGUGUUAUAGAUGCUGAUAUAGAUGUAAAUAAAAUAGUAAAUAAAGAGCUACCUAGGUGUUGUUCCCCAUCUACCUCAACAUACAAAGUUCCAUUUUAUAAGAAAGCUUUACUCACUGAAAACUGCUUCCUGUGUGUCAAAGACUUAGAAAAGAAAGAUGCUAACAAAAAAAAUAACACCAAAAAUCUAAUUGUAACAAUAGACAGUAAGAGUUUUGUGACAACAAUAAAAGUAUCAGAUAUAAAGCCUAAUAAUAUUAGUAAUUUAACAAAAACAUCAGUGGCAGUUCAAACUGAAGACACCAAUGACAAUUUUGAAGUGAAUGAAGAAUGUAGAGUGACAAAAGACGUAUCAUGUGAGGCUAUUAAUAAUGUUAGCAGUGAAGAUAUUUUUAAGAAUGAUGUUAUAAAUCAAAAGAUUGAUUGUGGAAAUAAGUCAAAAUGUUUGAUUAUUGAAGAUUCAGAUGAUGAUAGUUUGGCAAGUGAAAGAAGAGAAGUUGAAGUUGAGGCUCAAGUACACAGGUCCAGUGAUCUAAUAGACUAUGUUUUAACUCCAUUAGAAUACCAAGAUUAUAAUAAAAGAGCAAGACCAGUAGUAAGAGGAAAGACACCAGCUAGUUCUGACUCAUCUGAUAAAGAAAAUUUUGAUCCUAAUAAAAGGAAACGGUCUAAAUGUAGUAAGCUCUUAAAAAGCAAGAGAUUGAAGAAGUAGUUUUUUUUUUUUUUUUACUGAAUGACAUCAUAUUUUUUUUCAUUAAUCUGUUAAU